AAAAUCUGACUUGCCCAAAAUUGAAAACGGUGAACUCUUUUGUAUAGUUCAGCCAGCGACCAUCAUCGACGAUACGAUAUUUUCUUUUUUUUUUACAACAAAUCAUUUAAAAAAAAAUCACUUAAUUCAUAUCAAAUAAAAUGGGUAACUACACAGAGGAUCAACUUGCAGAAUUCCAAGAAGCCUUCAACCUCUUCGACAAUCGCGGAGAUGGUAAAAUUCAACUAAGCCAAGUUGGUGAAUGUCUACGUGCUUUGGGGCAAAAUCCCACUGAGUCCGAUGUCAAGAAGUGCACUCAUCAAUUGAAGCCCGACGAACGUAUUUCAUUCGAAGUGUUCUUACCCAUUUACCAGGCCAUAUCGAAGGCACGUUCCGGUGAUACCGCUGAUGAUUUCAUCGAAGGUCUACGUCAUUUCGACAAAGAUGCUAGUGGUUUCAUUUCGACAGCUGAACUUCGGCAUUUAUUGACCACUUUGGGUGAGAAGCUCACCGACGAAGAGGUCGAACAAUUGCUCGCCAAUCAAGAGGACUCACAGGGUAAUGUCAAUUAUGAGGAAUUCGUCCGAAUGGUGAUGAGCGGUUAGAAAAAAAAAACAACAAAAAGCACCAAAAUAAUUUUUCUACCACGUAAAUAAUUACAAAAAAAAAUAAAAAGUU